GAUAAAAUUGACUGACCCGCCAUCUAACGGCGUCAUGGAAAAACCUGUUGCGUCUAACAUCGGCGAGUCAAGUCAAAUUAAAAGGAAAGCCAGAAAAGCAUCGCGUUUUGAGACACGACGAUUAUCUAACAACAUGGAUAUGAAUGAUGUAAAUUGUACAGAGAACAGUGAAACUAUAGUCGUAAACAAGUUGCUCGAGCUGCCGAAGAAUCUGAGCAAGAGUCAGUUAAAGAGAGUGAAGAAAAGGGAGAAAUGGCUGGAGCGGAAAGUUGAAAAGAGAUUGCGAGAGAGGGCUAAGGCUAGGGAGAAACGCGCCCACGCACGUGCGAAUAACUUGAGCCUGGGCCCGUCCAGAAAGGUUCUAAAGAGAAGCACCAUGGCAGCUAGCUCUUGCAAGCUCACGGUAACCAUUGAUUUGUCAUUCGACGAGUUAAUGAUCGAUAAGGACAUCGCUAAGUUAACAAAACAGAUACUAAGGUGCUAUGCUUUGAAUAGAAGGGCAACAGCCCCUUUACAAUUUUCUCUCUCCAGCUUCACCGGCAAGUCGCGGGAUGACAUGGAAAAGCACAACGGAUAUGAACACUGGGAUGUCAGCUUUCAUACGAAGUCAUACAUAAAUGUUUAUCCCAAGGACAAGAUCAUAUAUCUCACUAGUGAGUCGGAAAACGUGAUAGAACAUUUAGAUCACGACUGUAUAUAUGUCAUAGGUGGUUUGGUCGAUCACAAUUCUCACAAGGGUAUAUGUCACAAAGUAGCGAACGAAGCGGGCAUUAGGCACGGCAGGUUACCGUUAGACAAGUUCCUAAAGAUGAAAGCGAGGAAAGUGUUGACCAUAGACCAUGUCUUCGAGAUAUUGUUGAGGAUAACGGAGGGUGUUACUUGGCAAGAGGCGUUCUUGAAAGUGCUGCCGGAGAGGAAAAACGCCCGACCGAUCGCUCCCGAGCAGUCCGAGGAGCAAGAGGAAUCGUCAGACUCGAAGUCCUUCGACGCACGUGACACGUCACACGUAACAGACCAGGAGGUUCCCGACGAAGAUACCGACCGGCUCGACUGCAGCGCAGAAACCAACGUUGCGGAGCAGAAUCCGCGUUCGACACAGUGAAUGAGAAUUCUGUAUAUAACAACGGCAUAUUUUUGUAUCGUUCGUUAUAUUUUCAAAUAUAGAGAUGCGUACACAAGAAUAAGACGGCAAACACCAAUUAGAAACGGGCUACAAAAAUUCACUUAGACUCGACACUCUUCUUCGUCUUCUGUCUCUCUCUCUCUCUCUCUCUCUCUCUCUCUCUCUCUCUCUCUCUCAAUUCGAUUCUUCCCGCGCGCAUUUUUUACACAUCUCACGAGUUACGGUGUGUCUGCAUAUGUUCGUCGUUUCCGCUGAGGAUAUACAAUGUUCUUCCGUUUUCUUAAACGCUAACACCUUAAAUUAUUUGUAACCUACUUACAUUACGCUUAUUUUCCUACAAUCGAGCCUAACUAGUAUAUUCUCUCUCUCUCUUUCUUUUGUUCGCUCGCACACCGUACGUCAAUAACAUAACGAAUAGACACGUUUGUACACGUGAACAUGCGUACACAUUUCGGCACAAUAGACUCAACAUGUGAAGUUAUACAAAUUUAGGUAACAAUGUAUAAUCAUUAUAUAUAUAUGUAAUCAUAAUAUAUAUAAUUAUACACAUACAUAUAAUUUGGAAUAGCAGCUUAGAUUUUUUUUAUGAGACGUAGAACUUCGCAUAAAAUAUGGCAUGACUUCAUACGUGAGGCUAUUAGAAGUCGAUUUGUGUACGUCCCUCGUCCCCUCUGCUUCUCGCACGCGCUAUCGUGCGAAGAAAAUUCGUUUCAAUGCCAAUCACUCGUUCACAGCACUUUUUCCACGCGAUUUCCUAUUCGUAAGAUGUGAAUAACAAAGCUCGCCUCGCGACACUCCAGACCCGUGAGCUCCAAGAAAUAGUCACUUCCGUCCGUUCGCGAGUAUACGCAGCGACGAGGUCAUUGUCGUUAGAAAAUCAAGCUUUCCAACAAGUCGUUAGAAUAAAUACGCAACAUAUAGCGAAGAAAAUCAGGCCAUUAGUGACAUCAGAUAACAUGAUUCGAGACUGGGUGACUGGUUUUUUUGAUUAGGUACACAUUCAUUUUCUUAUUCUAUCGUAUAUCUCUAUCUUAUUUUAGCUUAAUUCUAUCUUGGAGCUUUCGUUUCCGGUCCCUUAUCGUGCUUUCUUCCCUCGUUUUCACAAAAUUAGUUCGCGAUCUACUUGCACGUUCCCUUUUCUAAUCUAUCUUGUCUCUCUCUCAUCCCUUGCACCUCUAUCCAUUUUUCUCCUAUAGAUUUCUCAAAAUACAUGUGA